AUGAAACUCGCAAUCACCGUUUUAUCAUCAAUUCUGGCCAUCUGCUCAGUUACUGUCGCCAACCCAGUUAAUCCCAGCGCGACUACGAGUGCCGAAUCUAGCACUUCAGCAGUUAUUCCCAGUGCACAAACUAUAGCCUCGAUUGAUUUUAACCAACUUUCAGACGAGGGAAAGAGUUUGAUCAAAGAAUACGCACAAGCGAAUAAAAAGCAUAAUGAGGCAAAGGCAAUGUGCGACUCGACAGGAUCUGUAAUAGCUUCUCAAGAAAAAUUGGUAAAAUAUCUAGGUGAUGAGCUUAAAGGUUUGAUGGAUAAAUCUCGUAAAAACAAGCAUGGUCCAAGGCACGAGAAAGAGGUUAAAGAAGCCAAUUCUCGACUUGAGGAACAAUACUAUAUUUUUCUCCAGCUUGAAAACAAGUGCGUGGAUUCCUACUGGGGCAAAUCUGGAAUCCUCUCGCAAUUCGCUAAAAUCAAAAAUCAACUCGUGAAGUCCCUGUUUGGGAAACACACGAGUGUAGAAUCAGUUGAUAGCCACAUACAACUUCUGGAAUCAAAUCCCGAGUUUAUGGGACUCGUCAAACAAUUUGAAAACCUCGUAUCAGGCCAACAGCUAGAACUUGAGCAACCCUCUACUAGUGAGAGCCAGAAUUCGCAACAUCAUAAAAGUUUGUCUUCAUCAUCGGAUCAAACGCCUACAGCUCAAUCUACUAAAGCAUCUUCCGGUAAACACGAAACUCCCAAAUAUCCCUCUGAACAAAGAUCUCGCAAAUCUCGUGCGCAGAAGUUUUUCAAAUCCUCACAUUCAAAAGGAGGUCCUAAACAUAAGAAGGAGCUCAGCUCACUCUUGGGUCAGUCCGAUUCUGAAGAUUCAGAUGCUUGA